GCAAAAAUCAUCAUUCGAUCGAGUUUCAAACCCCCUCGAUCAUUUGAAGAAACCAGUGUGCAUUCAUCGCUGGUAGGAGUCGUUUGUUUCUCGAUUUUUGUGUUGAUUCCGUUGAAAUCUUCUUUCAGCUCUUGUAAAUAGGAACUCGAAAACCUAAAUAAAAAUGGAGCUGUACGGACGGAGCACGGGAAGAAACGGGUCACAGCCGGAUCAUACCCAACAACAAUCUGAAUGGAUACAGCCGGGGGCCGAAACGGGCCUUGAAGAAUCGAUGAGGCGGUUGGGGUUGUGGGKCGGAAGAGGAGAGUUUUAUCCGGAGCGACCUGGAAUGGCGGAUUGUGCUUACUAUAUGAGAACUGGGACAUGUGGAUAUGGUAGCAAGUGCAGAUAUAAUCAUCCUCCAGAUCGUAGUAGCUCGGCUGGAGGAGCUGCAAGAAGUGCAGGAGGAGGAGCUUACCCAGAGCGACCAGGAGAGCCUCCUUGCCAGUAUUAUUUAAGAACAGGCACCUGUAAGUUUGGUGCAUCCUGCAAGUUUCACCAUCCAAGACAUGCGGGUGGAUCACUGAGUAAUGUGCCGCUAAAUACUUAUGGAUAUCCAUUACGACCAGACGAGAAAGAAUGCUCCUACUAUUUGAAAACGGGGCAGUGCAAAUUUGGUAUAACUUGUAAAUUCCAUCAUCCUCAACCGACUGGCGAAUCCAUGCCAGCAUCUGCACGUCCAUUUUAUUCAGUGCAGUCUCCUUCAGCUCCUUCCCCGGAACAAUAUGUUGGUCCAUCAGCAGGCUAUAGGGUUGCAAGGCCUCCAUUAGUACCUGGUUCAUAUGCACCAGGUGCUUAUGGUCCCAUACUACUUUCCCCUGGCAUGGUUCCGUUACAAAAUUGGAGUCCUUACUCGGGACGUGUAAGCCCGGUCCUGUCUCCRGGUGCUCAACCUUCCAUGGCAGCAGGUUCUGUAUAUGGAGUGAAUUCUUCAGCGCCUCCAUUUGCAGCACCAUAUCGCCCCUUACCACCUUCUCCUGGCCCUCUGAGUAGUAGUCAGACUGAAAGAGUAUUUCCCGAGAGACCUGGCCAACCUGAAUGCCAAUACUACAUGAAAACUGGGGAUUGUAAGUUUGGGGCCUCUUGCAAGUAUCAUCAUCCACCAGACUGGGUAUUAUCAAAGGCAAAUUGUGUUCUCAGCGCCAUCGGUCUCCCACUGCGUCCGGGGGUGGAGCCGUGCAGUUUUUACAUGCAAAAUGGACACUGCAAGUUCGGGCSCACCUGCAAAUUUGACCAUCCACUUCCGGGUGCAGUUAACUACGGUCCAUCCGAUAUCCCAAUCGCACCAUAUAUGCUAGGAUCAUCUUCUCUUCCUGCUGUGGCUCCAUCGGUUACAUUCUCGGAAAGGUCCAAAAUGGAUCCUCAUUCAAGUAGUUCGGUCGGUUUGAUGUUUGGUCAGGGUCAAACGGGGCCCUCAGGUGACGUGCAGAUCUCGAGCCAAAGUUCUCCGCAGACAAGGUAGUCGAUAAAAUUGAAGCGUUAGAUUAUUGGGAUACCAGGAGCUGCAUUUUUCAGGUGUUACAUAUAUAUAUACUAAGAUAUAUAUAU